UUUAUUUGAUUAGUGCGCGUCGACGUUGUCGGUUCGACAGUCGGUUUUUCUGCUUUAAGUAAAAGUAAAGUGCAACAACAACACUUACAUACACCAGCACACGCACACACGCACACGCAGAUGUGAUAAGCUGAGCUCAAACAAAAAGUGCGUGACAAAAUGAAAGCAAGUGAAACGUUACGCAUGCGUUUGCUGCGCAUACGAGAAACAAGCGCUAACUAAAAAUUCAAUUGUUGUUAACAACAAGAAAGUGUCUUGACUGGUGAUUAGCCAACUGACCAAUCUUCGCAACAAUAACACCAAGAGAAGCAGCAGAAUUGCAAAAAAAAAGAGAGCAGCGUAUAAAAGUAUUAAGAUAUCGUUGCAUUCGUCGACGUCGUCGUACGCGAUUUCGUGCCCGAGCGUGAAUUUGUGGCGCAGGCCAGCUGCAAUAUUGCACAAUCCUGUCGCUAGUUGGCCAACCUGUUAACCCGCUUGCCUUGCCUUGUUGCAGUUUGUAUCUGUCAGAUACGAACAUUUGUUUGCACUGCUUCUUUUUCUCUCUCUUUCGCGUUGUGCGUUAAAGCUAAACCGCCAAAAUUGCUGUGCUACUGUGUUCCAGGAUCUUGGGGUACAUCAUGAGGCGCUUUCUGCGCUCAGCCAUGAUUGUAUUCAGCUGGUUUGUUGUGCCCUACAGCCGCUACACCAAUAUUAAAGUGCUGCGGCGAAAACUGCCACCGAUACGUAGCCAUCUGUUGGAGAUACCUGCCGUCGAUUUGGCUAAACUUAUUCGCACCAAAAAGAUCAAAAGCGAAGAGGUAGUCGAGGCGUAUAUUGAACGCUGUCGUCAGGUAAAUCCGCUUAUAAAUGCCAUUGUCCAAGACCGCUUUGAAGAGGCGCUGGAUGAGGCGCGUGAGAUUGACAAUGUCAUAGCCAUGGGCAUCAACAGUGUGGAGUCUAUGGAGGAGCAUACACCUUUGCUAGGCAUUCCGGUAACUGUUAAGGAGAGCAUUGCUGUCAAGGGCAUGACAAAUCAAGCUGGACGUGUUUUUAAAACGCCCCAAAUUGCGAAAUCGGAUGCGCCUGUUGUGGAGCAGAUCAAACGUUGUGGCGGCAUUAUAUUGCUCGUAUCCAAUACGCCUGAGUUGUGUUUGCUUUGGGAGACAUACAACAAUGUUACAGGGCAAACGAAAAAUCCUUAUGAUCUGAAGCGCACACCAGGUGGCUCUUCGGGCGGUGAGGCGGCACUGCUGGCCAGUGGCGCCUCGCUACUUGGGCUCACAUCAGAUAUUGGUGGCUCAUCGCGCUUGCCCGCUAUGUUUAGCGGCAUUUGGGGUCAUAAGCCCACCCCCUAUGCAGUAUCAUUUCGUGGACAUCAUCCAACCAGCGAUUUCCCCAAAUGGGGCGAUUUCUUUACCAUUGCGCCCAUGACACGUUAUGCCAAGGACUUACCGCUAUUGCUCAAGUGCAUGUGUGAUCCAACUGGUCCUAGACUGACGCUAGAUAAGGAGAUCAGUGCACAUGGCAUACGUUUCUUUUUCAUGGACAACGACGGUCCCUCGGGCAUGAUGCGUCCACUCAGCCGAGAUCUGCAUGCGGGUAUCAAUCGUGUGGCUAGCGAUUUCAAUGCCAAGCGUGUAAAUAUACGCAAAAUGAAAUGGUCACUGGACAUAUCGUUAUCGGCCAUGCUAACCAUGAAGAAUAUAGAGACAAUUUACCACAAGACGGAGGAGGGCGAACAACCAAAGACUGUUUGCAAGGAGACUGUCAAGUAUUUCUUUGGCUGCUCGGAUAGCAUAUUGCCAUCGGUUAUAUUUGGUCAUUUGCAAAAUUUCAUGAAAAUUAUACCCAAUUCGCGGCAUAAGCAUUUGGCCAGCAUCAUUGAGGCACUUAAGACUGAAUUCAAGGAGCUGCUCGGCACAGACGGUGUUUUUCUCUAUCCAACAUUUCCCAAUACAGCUCAUCAACAUUACCAGAUUUAUCACAAGCUUCUGGAGCCUAUGUAUAUGGCCAUAUUUAAUACGUUGGGCCUGCCAGUAACCAAUUGUAUGAUUGGUUUAGAUAGGCGUAAUUUGCCCAUGGGCAUACAAGUGGUGGCAAAUCCUGGGCAGGAUCAUCUCUGUCUGGCAGUGGCACGUGAAAUGGAACGACGUUAUGGCGGCUGGGUGCGUCCGCCAUCUGAGGAUAGCCAUGCCAGUAGCAAGCGAGGCUAACUCGAACUUUUAGUAAAAUAUUUUCAUUUGGCAUGCACAUAAGACAGAUAAUCUUAGACUUGAACCAAGUGAACGCAGUCGACAGCCAAUUGUUUUUGCAAAAAGAAUUUAACGUGAUAUUUUCUAAAUCUCUAAUAUAAUCUAUUGUUUCAUUGCGUUCUUUAUAUUUACUUUUAUUUUUAUAUCGAUUCACUUACAUCACACAA